CAUAACUCUUCUAAUUGACAAAUUACUGUAUCAUCUACCAAUGAAGGACCUUUUUUUUUUUUUUUUAUCCUUCAUGAAGUCAUAUAUAUAUAUUUUUCAUCAAUCUUGUUUUUUCUUUUUCUAAAAGGUGCGGUGUGUAUUAUUUGCCAAAGUUUGAAUGGUAGUUUGGUGUUGUCUAUGGUUGCUACACUACAAUGAUAUCAUAAUACUCAUAGAUGACAAGUUUAAAGGCAAAAGUUUGGGUGUUUUUUUUUUUUUUUUUUUUUUUUUUUUUUUUUUUUUUUUGGUGCUAGCUGUCGAGGAGACAGAGGAUAAGUAAUAUAUAUACACAAUAUCAUAUACACAUGCCAUAUCAAGAAUUCGUUGAGUGAAGGUAAGAGUACUCCAAAGCCUCUCACCACCAUGUCAACAUCUCAACCUCUUUCUCUUCCCAAGUUUUUAGUAGAAUAUGAAUUGAGCCAAGAAUGCAAGGACUUAAUAUCCUCCUUACCCAAAGAGAAUGGAUGGCUUACAACCCACAACUAUCAAUAUCAAGGAUUUUGGCUUGCACCCAUAAUGCUGCAAGCAAUGCUUGCAUGUCAAAAGCAUUUCCAAGCACAGGAUACUGAUAUCCUCCUCAUCACCAAUCCCAAAUCAGGCACCACCUGGUUGAAGGCACUCUUGUUCACCUUGGUAAACCGGAUUCGUUACCGCGACACCAAAAUACAACACCCUUUACUCACAAACAAUCCCCAUGAUCUUGUGCCCUUCUUGGAAUUUGAUCUCCAUUUUGAUAAACAAGUUCCUGACCUCACUUCCUUUACCUCUCCAAGACUCUUUUGUACUCAUCUACCGCUUGUGUUGCUGCCAAAAUCUGUGAAGGAUUCGGCAUGCAAGCUUGUCUAUCUGUGCAGGAACCCUAGGGACACUUUUGUUUCACUUUGGCACUUCACAAACAAUUUCAGAGCGCAGAAGAUGUCGCUUGAAGAAGCCUUUGAUAUGUUUUGCCAAGGAAUAAACGUAUGUGGACCUCUUUGGGAUCAUGUUUUGGGUUAUUGGAAGGAAAGCUUAGAAAAGCCUGAAAAGGUACUUUUCUUGAAGUAUGAGGAGAUGAAAGAGCAACCCACUCUUCAUUUGAGGAGACUAGCUGAGUUCUUGGGCUGCCCAUUUUCUCCAGAGGAAGAGACAGAAGGGGUUGUGGAUGAAAUCGUAAGGUUGUGUAGCUUUGAAAAUUUGAGCAAUUUGGAGGUGAAUACAAGUGGAAAUUUGUCCACUGGUCGUCAAAAUAAAGUCUUCUUCCGACGAGGAGAGGUUGGAGAUUGGAAAAAUUAUCUGACACCUGAAAUGGCAGAGAGGUUAGAUCAAAUCAUUGAACAAAAGCUAUGUGGGUCUGGAUUAAAAUUUUAGAUUUGCUAGCGCAGUCUAUUACCCUUUUUUUUUUAUUUUUUAUUGCAGCAUGUAUUAUUUCUUGAUGUCUGGUUGUUUUCCAAUGUUGUAUGGAAAACUUAUUAAUUGCUUAAAAUAAUGUGAUUUUGUUGUUGUUUUCUUUUCAAUGAGUAAUAUGAUUUUGUUGUUUGAUUGUGACUUUAAUUAUUUUCCUAAUAAAAACACUGUUGAGUUUUCAAAAAUGCUUAUUUUAAUAUUGAACUACAAUGUGAUGAUUUACUCUGUGUUACUUAGACUCUUCAUAAUUGACGGGAGUAUCCGA